AUGGCGCCCUAUGGCAAUGCGGCCAAGGCCCACCAGGCCGAGCCGGUGCUGACGAGGAUUGUGCAGCAGGAUAAGGUGCCGUGGUGGAGGAAGAAGAACUUGAGGGUGCUGUAUGCGUUGCUGCUGCCGACCUGUAUUGGCAUUGAGAUGACUUCCGGGUUCGACUCGCAGAUGAUCAACACGGUGCAGAUUGCGCCGACGUGGCAGGCUUACUUCAACUACCCAAACGGACCCCUGCUAGGCAUCAUCUCGGCCGCAUACAACUUGGGCGCUAUCUGCGCACUCCCUUUCGUACCAUGGCUGAACGAUACGUUUGGAAGACGAUGGGCUAUCUUUUUGGGAUCAUGGGUCAUGGUCAUCGGAGCUCUUAUCCAGGCGUUUGCCAUCAACGCGGCAAUGUACGUCGUAGCACGAUGGAUCCUCGGCUUUGGGAUCCCAUUCUGCAUCAUCGCCGGCUCCUCCCUCAUGGGCGAACUUGCAUAUCCCAAAGAACGGCCGAUCAUGACCUCCCUUUUCAACGCGCUCUACUUCAUCGGAGCGCUGGUUGCAGCCGGAAUAUCCUUCGGCACGCAGUCCGUGCACAACGACUGGGCAUGGCGAAUCCCCUCCCUCCUGCAGUGCGGGCCGUCCAUGCUCCAGAUAAUCUUCAUCUUCUUCAUUCCGGAGUCGCCUCGCUUCCUGAUAUCCAAGGACAGACAAGAAGAAGCCUACCACAUCCUCAUAAAGUACCACGCUGAAGGCGACUUGCACAGCGAAUUCGUCCGCGCCGAAAUGGCCCAAAUAGAAUCCACCAUCCGCAUCGAGCUCGAACACAGCAAACGCAGCUGGUGGGAAAUGCUCUCCACCUCGGGCAUGCGGAAACGCGUCCUCGUUGGCUCCUUCCUCGGCCUCUUCACCCAAUGGUCCGGCAACACUUUGAUCUCCUACUACCUCAACGACCUCUUAAAACUCAUCGGCUACACGGACCCCAACUUCAAAGGCAAGCUAAACGUGGGGCUAAAUAGCUGGAAUCUGUUCAACGCGGUGUUGAUAUCGCUGUUGGUGAGGAGAUUCCCCAGAAGGAAGAUGUACUUGACGUGUGCGACGGCAUUGUUGUGCUGUUAUGUCGGAUGGACGGUGGCCAUGCAGCAGUUUCUGGACGGUGGGGGAACGGCGGCGGCGAAGGUCACUAUUUUCUUUAUCUUUGCGUAUUCCCCGUGUUAUAAUAUUGGCUAUAAUGCGUUGACGUAUACAUUUUUGGUUGAGCUUUUCCCGUUUGCUCAGCGUGCGAAGGGGAUUACGAUCUUCCAGUUCUUUGGACGCGGCGCCGGAUUCUUCACCACUUUCGUCAAUCCGAUCGGCCUCGACAAUAUUAAGUGGCGGUGGCUCAUAACGUACUGCUGCUGGCUCGCUUUCGAGAUCGUCUUCAUCUACUUCAUGUUCCCUGAAACGUACGGCCGUACGCUGGAGGAACUAGCCUUCUUAUUCGAAGACGAGGCGCGAGCAGAUGAAGCAAGGAAGAAAGUCGAGAAACAGCUGCAUCACGAGCUUGACGAUUUUGGAGCGUACGAUAAGGGUGUUACAACGCGAAUUACUGCGCAACGAAGAGCAGCAUAUGGCGUUGAUGACCGGUUUUCUCGUUGGCCAUGA